AUGCCUCAGAAUGAGUACAUGGAACGCCACAAAAAACUCCACGGCGAGCGCUUCGACGCCGCCGAGCGCCGCCGCAAGCGCAUCGCCCGUGAGGGCCACGAGGCCUCGCAAAAGGCGCAGAACCUGCGCGGUCUCCGCGCCAAACUCUACGCCGAGAAGCGCCGCAAGGAGAAGAUCCAGAUGAAGAAGCAGAUCAAGGCCCACGAAGAGCGCAACGUCAAAACCUCCGAGCCCGCCGAGCCCUCCACCGAAGCCCUGCCGCAGUACCUCCUCGACCGCUCCAAUGAGAAGAACGCCAAGCAGCUGUCCUCGGCGAUCAAGCAGCGGCGCAACGAAAAGGCGGCCAAGUUCAGCGUGCCGCUGCCCAAGGUCAAGGGCAUCAGCGAGGAGGAGAUGUUCAGCGUGGUCAAGACGGGUGCCAAGACCAAGAAGAAGAGCUGGAAGCGCAUGAUCACGAAGCCGACGUUUGUGGGGCCGGGCUUCACGCGUAGGCCCGUCAAGUACGAGCGCUUUAUCCGGCCCAUGGGGCUGCGGUACAAGAAGGCGAACGUGACGCAUCCCGAGUUGGGUGUUACCGUGCAGCUGCCGAUUAUCUCGGUCAAGAAGAACCCGCAGAACCCGCUGUACACACAACUAGGCGUCCUGACCAAGGGAACUGUCAUCGAGGUCAAUGUGAGCGAGUUGGGCCUCGUCACGGCCGGAGGAAAGGUCGUCUGGGGUCGCUAUGCGCAGGUGACGAACAACCCGGAGAACGAUGGAUGCUUGAACGCAGUCCUGCUCGUCUAA